GUCCAUCAGUCCGUCGCUCGGAAGCUCCUCAUCUGCAGCGAGGAGUUCAGGAAGGAUAAAAGCGGUGUCCCCGCGGCUGUGGAGGUUAUCUGUCCCGCAUCUGACCGAGGAGGCUAAAGCACAAUAUCCACAGAAGAACCGAGGGAACCUCAUCGGAGAGCGGGAACGCGGAGCUGACCGGACUAGCUAUUGGCAGCAACAGUUCCAACGGGGUCCGUUUUAUCUGGCAGAGUCCGAGUCAUGGCUGCCCAGGUGUCCGAGUCCGACCAGAUCAAACAGUUUAAGGAGUUUCUGGGGACGUACAACAAGGUGACAGAGAACUGCUUCAUGGACUGUGUCCGAGACUUCACCACAAGAGACGUGAAGCCCGAGGAGUCGAGCUGCUCCGAGUCGUGCCUGCAGAAGUAUCUGAAGAUGACUCAGAGGAUCUCCAUGCGUUUCCAGGAGUAUCACAUCCAGCAGAACGAGGCUCUGGCAGCUAAAGCUGGGCUGCUGGGACAGCCGCGCUGAGCCGGGCCGAGACCCUGAGACGGUUCCGGUCCAGCAGAUCCUCUGACUCUGUGAAAACGGACUCUGAAACUGCAGAUGACAUUUUGUUGUCUGAUCUGAAGCUCCGCCCGUUCACCAUGGAGCCUCACCCUCUGUCUGCAGGGUAAAGGAAGCAGUCAGGUGUCUGUGUCGAAGCAUCAUGGGAAACGUAGUUUACAACAGCAGAUUCUUUGUUAAACAGCGGAAUGAUCCUUUAAUGUGCAUAUUUCUAGCUGACCUUUCUUGUGUCUGGAAAUAAAAAAAUCUGACAUCAGGAAUGUGUGGAAG